GACCUUGGUGGCGCCAUCCAUGCAGAGCUACCCCUUCGUCAAGUGUCCUUUAAUUGGCUCAUUGUGGGUUCCUGGCAGCGGCUUACGCGCGUGGAAGAAGACGCUGUUCAACCUAAAGCGUCGUCUUACCGUCUACCUACCCUGACCACUCGAGCACGCAUAUUGGGAAAAGCACAGACACCUGGGUGGUGGUAGUACGCGAGGGCAGUACUGCGGACGCUGCAUUGGGUGGACCUUCAUGCUUUUGGGCUGUCAUAUAUUGACCCUGCCGACAUGUCAAUUAACUGGGUGAUGCUGUCACCCGACACCAACCCGCCUUAUACACCACUACCAAACGAGCAAACACUUUUCACUGCGCCACCGCGGAUAGGCUUCGCCAUCUCCACGCCUUCACAUUAUCCAGCGAAGCAGCAGAAACCGUUCAGUUUGACACAUGCAAGCGGCGUACUAUAUCUUACGAAUCGACGUAUGAUAUACCUACCCGACAAGGCAACAGAUAAGUUGAAGAGCUUCGCAGCACCACUUCUGAACCUGCACGAUAGCCAUGUGACUGCGCCGUUCUUCGGACCGAACGUCUGGACUGCUCUACUGCAGCCUGUGCAGGGCGGGGGCAUCCCCACACCAAGCACCGGCGUAGUAGAGAUUCGAUUGACUUUCAAGGAAGGCGGAGCAUUCGACUUCCACACCAAUUACGAGAGGAUUCGAGAAAGAUUACAACAGGCUAUCGAGGUCAACCGAGUGGACGGAGACGGGUCGGGACCGGCAAGAGCGGCGGUGAAUGGCGUCGAUGUGUCAAACGUGAACCUCGAAGAUCUGCCAGCGUACCAAGAGGAGAGCGACGGCCCGCUAUUGUCGCCGGUGAUGGUCCCGAGUGUUGUGCCAACGGCGGCUCCGGUGCAGCAGAGCUCGGUGCAGAGGGAUAGUGGUGUCGCCGUGGAAGAUGACAGGCCGCAGGCGAAGCCAACUGAAACCGCACAGUCCGCGCCCCCUUCGUACGAAGAAGCGCAGAUGCAGGGAGUGCAGGAUGAGAUGGAGAGAAGGUUAAGCGGAGGGAGGGAGUGAAAUCGGCGUCGCGUCCGGUAACACUCGCCAUGAGCGUAAUUUGUAACACUUAGCGAAUACGACUUGAAUGACCACCCCAGUAGAGGAACGAUAUGUAUUUGUCCAUGCGGCUUUGGAUCGGAGCUUUCUCGUGGCUGCUUGUUGCUUUGUCAGUCUAACAGAUGAUGUAUCAAGGUGGACGACCGUUGCAAUGACCUUACAAUACGCAAGGAACCAAAAUUUGUAACGUAGUUAUAUAGUUCACGUACCUGCGUUGAGAUACGAUGA